AUGUCCUCAAACACUACCCAUCCAGUCAACAAUCAACCCACCAAGGAUUAUCCACAACCAGGAUCCAAGCCAGUACCAACAACCGAACGCCGAGCCUCCUUCCUAUCAACCCUAUUCUCCAUGCCCUCCCCGCCCGUCGGCCGCCACAACUCAGUCAGCAGCAGCAGUACCGCCAGCAGCCUCUCGCCCUCCUCCUCCUCCUGCUCCUCGAUGGCUACCCCGCAACACGAAGCCGGCCGGGGUACUCUCACCGGCUCCCCCGCCUCCUCGCUCGCUUCCCCCAUCGAUUCCAAGUUCAGCCCAAUCGAAUGGUCCUACGCCAACGAAUCCCCUCACUCCCGUCAGACUAGCUUGAGCGACAGUCUCGGCGGGUUCAGCUUGGCGAGCUCCUUCAGAUGGCCUGGCUCGGCCUCCUCCACCGCCCCCGCCGCCGCCGCCGCUUCUAACGUCCAGCCUAUCUCGAUCCCAAACUCUUCCUCCUCUGCUCUUCCUCAACCCAACGAUGCUCAUCAUCACCCUAACCCUGCCCCAACGGUCGGCAUGAGUGCUCCUACCAGAAGGACCAGUGUUGGCGGACCCGCGUUCAGACGGGCAUUCGAAUUACCUACUUACACCAGCACCUAUACUAACCUUCAAGACAACCCUCCACAACAACACGACUCGCCCGCCCAAGCCGACGCUAACAGUCGACGAGGCCGCUCUGGCUCUCUGUUCAGCUCCUUCGGCGUUGGCGCUGGCGCUGGCGAUGCUAGUAAACGCGCUCCUGGCCCUCCCCGACGAAAGCUUAGUCCGAUGGGCGAAAGAAUGAUUCGAGACCACCCUUUCUAA